UGCUGUGAGCGAGACGAACGUCAGUCAGUCGUUGUUGUCGUUAUCGGGUGUUCAGUAGUUCACUUUUUCAGUUGCUGUAUCUUGCAGACGCUUGCUGUCCAGAUGAACAAAGUUACCAGUGAUCAUUCUUGCAAGAAGAACUGAGUGUUGUGUAUUUCAAGUCAGUUCAAGAAUCACUUUAGCGGUUUCGGCUGUGAUCAUCGAUUCGAAUUGACUCUGCGUUUCCUGUUGCCUCGGAUAUAUGAUGGCGGUCAUGGAAGAAAUCAGAUCCAGGCUUGCAUUCCCCUCAGUCUCCAUUCAAACGUCGGCUAUUGGUCGUCUAGAAAGUCUUAUCAGCGACACAGCUGCGAUUGAUUCAGCGUCGCAACUCACACCGGAACUGCAGCUUCUCCUGGACAGCUGUGGGCACGAGGAUGUGGCUGUUGUGUCAGAAUGCUGCGAUGUACUGCUGCGACGUGUGCGCUGCGGCCAAUGGUCAGCACAGAUUGUUACACAGCGGCUGCUUAGUAUUCUCUCCUCUGCCAGAUGUACAUGGAUCAUCACUGGCAGCAUUUUGAGUCUGUUGGUGGAGUCUAAGGAAAACAAUUUCUGGUCGGCACUCAACAGCUCAUCCAAGUCCAACAGCGGCCAUGGCUCACAUCCACUGGUGUCCGCAUUCAGGUACUCCCCAAGUGCCAGAGUGGCGGUGGUACAUGCACUGCGUCACCUUCUCUCCAUGGUACACAGCAGUGCGGCUACUACCCACACGCAGCAGCAAAGACUGUGGAGCAUUGCCGAGCCCGUCGUCCACUUCAUUCUCUAUGACAACGUGGGUUUUGAGUAUCGUGAGAGGCUGGUGGAGAUUCUGGUCGAGAGCGCUCUUGAGUCCAUGCAAGCCGACAUGGACUACGUGGUACCGAGUGAAAAGAGUGUAAAUGGCGUUCCGUCGCAUGAGAACGGUAAGCAGCAGCAGCAGCGUGAAGGAAGCAGCUAUGUGUGUUACGUUGUCAAACUGCUCAUUGACUGGCUGUGUAGUAGGAAUAUGUCAAGGUUUGAAUCCAGUAUGAGCGCUCUGCAAUGCUAUCGCAGAGUCAGGAAGCUAGUGUGGUUGUCAGUCUUCGCCACCGCAAUUGAGGAGUCGUAUAAGUUAUCCAUGUACCACAUUGCUGCGGCAUGGCUUUUGGACAUGGCGGCGGCUAACAAUCAACCUCUUGACGUCAUGCUGAAGGAGAUCGAGUCCAUUGAUGCAUCUGCAACCACUGCCGUUGUGUUUGUUCCAAGUUUGUACGUGGUAUUGGCACACCAGCCAACUCUCUUCGCCACCAUCGUUCUAAAUCUACUAUUGAAGUUUCUACCGUUCAUGAGCAGUGCCGCCGAUCAGUCGCUGGGUGCUUUGCCCUUGUACUGUACUAAUAUUACUACUACUACUAUUACAUCAUCUACUCCAUCGUCAUCCGCAGCUGCGUUGCUUUUGGAGUGUCAAACUGCUAUACAAAAUAGCCUGGUGUUGGCUGGUGGCAGUCAUAGCAAUACUACUGCAGGUGGUGGCGCUGCUCAUAGCCUGAAUGGCGCAGACACCACCGCUGCAGAGUCAGUUCAAGUCCCGUUCGUCAGCUCACUGGCACAGUAUAUCCGCUCUGCAGCCCGCCUGCCGCUCCUGUUUCAACGCGAACCCGAGCUGUGUAAGCUAUGGCUUGAUCAUACGAAGUCAGAGUUAAAGAAGAUUAAUCCGCAGGCUGCUCUGGACACGCCGUCCCUGUACAAGUUUUCCAUGGUAGCAAUGGUGGUCAGCUCCGUCCUGGUGUCUGGGUGGUCGUGCAGAGAGCUACGCUUAGCGUCCGUGUUGGCUAUGCAGAGCCUGGCAGUGGCGUGCCCUCCGCUGUCACAUGACCUGCUGAAGAUGCUGUUACACUGUUUCAACGUCAGCACUAUGGAAGCGGACGUGCAGCUAGCUAUUCUACACGCUCUGCCUGAGAUGGUCACACACAACGUCAUGCUAUCACCAGUGGUUGCCACCAUAACAGGGCUGAUGGCACAAGCAUCACUACAGCCGCUGUCGCUGCGUCUCGUGUGCAAAAUUUGGCAGAAGAUGGAUCGUCUCUUUCCGCAGUUGCUGAAGGUUCUGACGGUGUGCGCCGAACACAUGACGUCAUCGUCGGAGAUGCUGAUGUCAUGCUCUGCAACAGUUCUUGACAUCGCUCAGACGCGGUCAUCUCAACACGCUAGUGACGUCAUGCCCAUCAUCCGUAGAUUGCUUUCGGCACCAGUGAGAUUGGAUGUGCGUGGAGAGGUGAUCGCAAUGGCCACUCGCAGUCUUCACUUGAUGAUAUUGAACGAGGUGGUCGAGUUCAAAGCGGUGUGGACUACAUUGGGUCAAGAGCUCAGCAUGCAAACCAGGGAGCUGGCACAAGCUGCCGUUUGCAGACUGAUGGGGUCCAUGGCUGAGUUGCAAGGAGAACAGUUGCCAAGUCGCCAAGACGAGGCACUGUAUCAUGAGCUCAUUUCCAGUUUAUUCAGGAUGAUCUUCUCACAGCCUGCGAGCAGCACCACCGUCAUCUCAGCAGCGUACGAGGCGCUGUCCUGCUUUCCCGUGGAGUGUUUCCAAGCGUCAAUGCUGCCCCCUGCACACAUCCAAGCCUUACUGGACACUGGGCUACUGAAACCUGCCAGCAGCCAAGACGCGGCCGCCGCACAUGAUUCCACCGUGUCCUCUACACAAGCCCGCAGCAAUGGCAGUGGUUGCAAGACGGCAUCGAAUGGAGCAGCUUCUCCAUGGCCUGCUCCUCCGUCACAGGAUCAGUUCGGUGCUCAGCCCAUUCCAGCCGAUGCACUCUCAGCGCUAAUGGUCUGCAACGUUGGAGCUACAGACGGUCACGCUAAGUUCCUUGCUCACUUGCUGCAACAUGAACUGAAGACACAGUCACGUGGUCCAGCCUCCAAUGAUCGCUGCCGUCCUACCAACAACAACAACAUCAGUACCGUGAAAUGUGUUGAUGCUCGACUAGUGCGUGUUCUCGGCAACGUGCCGAAAUCAUUGCUGAAGCUGUACGAAUCCUGCAAGUCACCGGCAUCGCUACCAAGCCUGGCAGCUGGUUUGCUGUCCUGUCAUCAGCCUAGUUCUAUAGCGAGUAAGGCCAGUCGUAACGCGACCACCGACCGUCACCUCAUCCUGCUGCAGAAUCUCCUCUCUCAGAUUGCACCGCCUGCUCCCAAUGCUGGUACUAUGGAUAUCCUGGGUCUGGCUGAGAAAUGGUGUGCAUUCCUGCGUCGUCUCUUUGCACACCUGAUCCAGGUGAACCACACUGACGAGGAGAGCCUCGUCAACAAGCUUCAGGCAUUUUCUGGGGCACGUGACAAGAUAUUUGAUGUGUUACAGAAGGCGUCCAGGCUGGGUACGAACAGUCUCUUCAACAGCACCCUGGCACUGACCCAGUUGUACCGCGUGACUUGUGAUUUCUGUAACACUGAUCUUCCAGUAUCAAUCUAUCCACGCCUCCGGAGCUGGAAAGCCAAGAUGAUAGCGACGAUGAUGAACAUGGCGUCGGACAAGGUGAUGUGUGCUGGAGGUGUCUUUGCCAACGAGCAGAUCUUCAGCUGGGGAACACAGGGACAGGUGAGCAAAGGCAAACACGGUGCCCUCUGCCUGAGUGCACUGUUUCUUGGUGUGACCUCUCUAUGCCAUACACUGGUGGGAAGAGACUGGCCAGUACUGAAGAUGAUCACUGAUACGCUGUCACAACACUGUGCUAAACUACCUGGCGCUGGCACACACCAAAUGAUAGCCGCCCUUGACUACGGUGAUAAUCGUCUCUUGCACCUGGUCCUGCCCUUCUCUAUGGGUACACUCUUCUCGGCUAUGGUCACAACGCGCGUUUGGGUCGUGGAAGGAGUGCGCGGUAUGAAGUUGUUCGAGGAAGCUCGGGAGCAGUAUUUAUCAGCAUUCGCUGCACACAGGGAUGGCGCUACGCUUGUUGCCGGCCAAGUUGUCACCGAUCUCUUGAAGAACACUCAAAACAAAGAGUUGACGUUCGACAAGGGUCUCACCGUCUGCUCCAUGCUGUUAUCACGUGCCGAAGGUGUUUUCGACGCGGAAAAGUCGAAGACUGAAUUGUCAAGAUUCGCCAAGGAGGCUUCCCUGUACUCCUGGUCAGUGUGCUACGCAUACCUGGUAUCGCAUGCACUGGACAAGCUCACUGAGAGAGAUCAGAUGCUGGCCAAUACUUUGCUGGUAGCUGAUAGUGGUGCCAUUACUUCGCCACUGGUGUCCAAGUCACGCAUGCUGUGUUUGAUGGCACUGUCCUUGCUUGGAGAGAAGACGUCACAGUCCGUGCUAUCCAGUACAUAUGACCAGCUGAAAGACACUCUACGUAGUGCUGGUAAUCUCUCUGCUGGCAGCGGUCUCCUGCAAUCUUGGGAAUGUCAAGUUGCCAGUAUGCAAGUAUUACUUGGAGAGAAUCAUCUCAUGUGGCGAGAAGAGAAAAAACUGCACAUCAAAGCAUGCCCGGUACCUGCAUAUGAUCUGGUGAAGGGCUUGGACACGGCGAGACACAGCGCCGACACAUCUUUCUCAUCCAUCGCGGUGCAAGCUGUUGGUGAAGUAUGGUAUCAGCUAUACGAAGAGAACUCACUACAGGCCUUGCACAAUCCUGAUGAAGAGUCCAUGGCGGUUCGGUCGAAGUCGAACGUCCAAUCUGUUCUGCAACAAAUUGUUGCUCAGCUUUCAGCCCUCACAAGUCAAGUAACCAUUCCUACUCGUACAGGUGAUGGCGUUGUCAACACAAUGCUGUGGCCGUGUAUUCAUACACUGCUACGAUCGCUGUGCCAAGCCGUGGAAAUCCCACCCACAUUCGAAUGGUCAUCGGUCAUGAUCAAACUGCUAAGAAUGUCGUCCGCUCCUGGAGAUGUUCAUAGCGAGUGCCUGACAAUACUGUUGAAGAGCUACGCUAAAGAAUACGACAGCACCAUGCUGGUCAACCUGAUCACCGACGGAACGUUUCUCAAGUUUUCUCUGGAUAAUCAGAAGCUUCUCCUGUCCAGGCUAUACAGCGGGAAGUUACCGAGUGUAGAAUUAAAGUGCCUGUGUGCAUCGCUCGGAGAGUUAUUUGCUGACAGGGAGAAACACCAGUGUGCGGCCUUCCUGCCCGAGGCCAUCGCGAACGUCUGGAGCUCGUGUCGCGAUCACACCGACCACGGCGAGAUCGUCUGGGAAGAUCUUCUCUGUCCUGUGGUGACGCAAUGGAUCAACUCUAACGAGAGCAAGGUUCUCUCUGAUCUGAUCUACUUGUCACCAAGCCUGAUGAGGGCAUACAGCCAGGAGGCCGCCAGGAAAGCCAAUCAUCACCAGUCUGAGGUGUUGACGUUGCGCAUGUUUGCGUUCAGAAUGCUUGAAGCCAUGCACUCAGACAAUGGCGUUGGACCGUUGCUCAUGGCGGUGGAAACUGUAGUGGAUAACUGCCCGGAUGAUCAAAUAGUGGACAUGAUCAUGUUGCUAAGCAGCCUAGCGUGUCACAGGCAAACAUCCGCAUUCUCUACUUCGCUACUGCAAGUGUUGGAACGCUUGAGCUCUUCAAAGCGAUCGACAACACAUUUGAUUGCUGAUAUGAUCAUCUCCUGCUGCUCAUCUCUCCUUCAAGCUGUCAACAGCGGUGUCACUAUCACCGCCACCCUCACCUCUAGCGGCAGUAGCAGCAGUGGCAAGACUUCAUCACCAGCAUCUAAUCUGCACCCUGACCACCCUGACCACCAGCAGCAGCAGCCCCCUCUGGAUAGCUUACUCCACAACAUGUUACUAGCGUCCGGUGGUGACAAGCAAUUUCUUCUAUCCGCAUCUAGACUAGACCAGCAUGCCACAAGGUUCUGGCUCGCCGAUUGGUUUAUGCGCACUGGCUGUGAAUGUCUGCCCAGUUCACUGACAUCACUGGCUGCUGUUCCGGCCAUGUCUGUGUUUCUGAAGGCGCUUGGCCAUGUGCUCGGUGCACUGGAGACAGCGGUUAGCGAGCUCAACCGUGAUGCUAUUUGUCUUUCCAGUCUCCGUGAUUGUCGCAGAGUACUUGCUGCAAACAUGCCGUCCAAUGCUUGAACUAUUUGUUUUUACACGCCUGAGCGGAGCGAAAGAGUGCAAAAAACGUAUUUUUUACUCACAGAUAUUUUCAUGUGUUUGCUCUUGUUAUACGCAACUCCGUUGAACCUGCCAUCGUGGUCUUUGUUUUUCCUCGUGGUAGUUGAAGUUGCCCACCCACCCACCCUGGUGUUAUGGGGGUCUUCCGCUGUUCUUCUUGAUAUUCUAUGCCGAUGUGUGUGGCUUAUGAUUAUGACAUACACCGGUUAUUACAUACAAUUUCUUGUUGUCUCUAUUCUUGGGUCUGACUGGCAGCGGGGCAGGAAUUAAUAAAUUAGAAAGGUUUUUUUGGCCGAAAGGCGUGUUUUUCCUCUAGCCCGGUUGAGCGGUCGCGGCUAGGAAUGUAGGGAGUCAUUGUUUUCAGGCGCUCCCCUGCUGCCCAGUCACCCAUGCCGUUUUCACUUGAUUUUGCGAUCUUUUCUGAGUUUUCUCCCGCUUGCUGGCGGUUCGUUGAUUGAUGAUUUAGAUGUUUUGGGCUAUUUAUCUAUUAUGUGGCUGCGAGUGUGGUUUUUGCUUCUACUCAUUUCUGGAAAACCACUACGGUGGUGAGUGUGAUUGCUCUGGUAGACCACUACCCCACGUACUGAACAGUUGCUUUGUGAGUGAAAAAGACAGAUUCUCAAUAUCACCAGUAUGAAGAAAGAAGAUGAGCGACAGAAAGCUGCCAGCAUGCCCAUACAUAUUUAAUAAUCAAGAGAUUAUAUUCACGAAGCACAGAUAUAGACCUGCGGAUUGUUCUGCUAUUACCAGUCAGUCAUCACUUUGUCAUAAUAGUAUUUUGAUUAGGCCAUGGUAAAACAAAUAAAG